AUGAGGUUCUCAAAUCUGAUUGUGACCCUUCUUGGCCUUCGGGUCACAGCCAGCACUACUUGGGACAACCCUCAAGUUUCCCUCGAUUAUGGAUCCUUCAAGGGUCAAUAUGACAGCACCUACAACCUCUCAUAUUUUCGCAAGAUCCCAUUUGCAGCACCUCCGAUACGGGAGAACCGUUUCCGCGCGCCUCAGCCUCCAUUAAAGAUCACCGGAGACCUCUAUGACACGAACCAGGACUUCGACAUGUGCCCCCAGCGCACAGUAAACGGCACUGAAGACUGUCUCUAUCUGGGUCUAUUCUCACGGCCAUGGAAUUUGACCAAGCAUACUAGCAGACCAGUGCUGGUCGUAUUCUACGGCGGAGCUUUCAUCCAAGGAAGUGCUGCAUUCACCAUGCCACCGUCCUCAUUCCCGGUCCUCAAUGUCAGUAACAUCAACGACUACAUCGUUAUCUAUUCCAACUACCGCGUCAAUGCCUUCGGUUUCCUACCCGGCACGGCAAUCAAAGACUCAUCGACCUCAGAUCUAAACCCAGGGCUGUUAGACCAGCAAUAUGUCUUGAAAUGGGUCCAGAGGCAUAUCCACCAUUUCGGGGGCAACCCUCACAACGUAACAAUUUGGGGCCAGUCGGCCGGUGCUGGCUCAGUAGUCGCGCAAGUUCUCGCAAAUGGCCGCCAUGGCCAACCGAAACUAUUCUCCAAAGUUCUUGCAAGCUCGCCGUUCUGGCCCAAGACAUAUAAAUACAACUCACCCCAAGCAGAAGAAAUCUACACCCAAAUGGUGAACUUAACAGGUUGUGCCAGCUCCAAGCAUGCUGGUAACACACUUGCCUGUCUCAAAUCCGUGGAUGUCCAGAAGAUCCGUGAUGCAAGCUUGAUCAUCGGGGCGAGCCACAGUUGGACAACAACCUCCUAUACCUGGGCGCCUGUGAUAGACAGAAGCUUCCUCGUCGAGACACUCACAGACACUGUGAAUAGGGGCUCCCUGAACACAGAAUUUGUCUGGGGGAUGUACAACAGUCACGAGGGCCAGGGCUUCGUUCCGUCGGGCCUUGACAGCGCCGUUUCGGUAAAUGGAUUUAACUCCUCUGUUGCAAGUUUCCAUCACUGGCUUUCCGGUUUCGUACCUGGGUUGUCGGCCAAGAAGAUUGGCGAGGUCGAAUCUCUUUAUUAUCCCGCCGAGGGGAGUACAGAGACAAUCGACAGUUAUAAUACCUCUUAUGUCAGAGCUGGGUUGGUUUAUCGGGAUGUUGUGCUUGCUUGUCCAGCUUAUUGGAUUGCGUCGGCUGCGACGAAGAAAGGGUAUAUCGGGGAGUAUACGAUUUCCCCAGCGACGCAUGGGAGUGAUACUAUUUAUUGGAACAGAAUAAAUGCUGUCCAAAAGACCAAUCCAGUUGUUUAUGAAGGCUACGCGGGAGCUUUUGCAAGUUUCUUCCAGACGGGAGACCCAAAUGCACACAAGGUGACGAAUACUUUGCAGCCAGGUGUGCCAGAGCUACACACGGGCGAGGAACUCGUUGUUGUGGAUGAUGGACUGACGAAUGUGAAACUGGUCGAGUUGAAGAAGCGGUGCGACUUCUGGAGGAAGCUGGCGAGGGAGAUACCCGUUUGA